AUGCAUGUUUUGGAUACGUUCUAAAACUUUCCGCCUCUGUAAACAUCUUUGAGGUUAUAGAUUUGUUAUUUGAAUUUUACAAAAAAUGCCCGAACAAAUUGAAGAUUUCACCGAUGAAAUAAAAAAUGGAAAAAACGCAAGGAGCGUAACAUGCAAGUUCUGUUCCUCGAUUAUCCUCCAACCCGCAACGGCAGAUAUUUCCAAUUUUGAGUUUGAUUUGCCCUUAAUGUCACAAAGAAAAGACACCCACGUAAUUGAAACGGAAAAAGUAUCGCAAUUUUGGACUGUCGAUAACAUCUACACUUUCUAUAAUGUGGGAUUUUCAAAUACAGUGGAUAAUAAGAAAUAUCUUAUUUGUGGUGAUUGCGAAGCAGGGCCUGUUGGUUAUCAUGAUGUAGAAACGAAAAAAAGUUAUGUUGCUUUAAUUAGGAUUUUACAUAAAUAGGUUAUUUAUAUAUGGUUUUUGAAAAAUGAAUACAUUUUCUAUACAAA